CCUCUGGUAUUGUGAGUUCCUACGGAAAGCUGAAAGGGACAAUUCUGUGUUGUUGGUGUGAAAAAUCAGCUAGCUACUUUUGCUAGAACAUGGCAGCACAUUUGAAAAAACGAGUUUAUGAGGAAUUUUCCAAAGUUGUUCAGAUUCCUCUUGAAGAAGCUCCAGUGAAGAAGCUGCGCCUGUCCAAGCCCAGUAAAUCCGCAGCGCUGCACAUCGACCUCUGCAAAGCCGCCAACGCCACCGACGCGCUGCAGUACCUUCUGGAGUUCGCACGCAAACCGGUGGAGGCGGAGAGCGUGGAGGGUGUGAUCCAGAUCCUGCUGGAGCAUUACUACAAGGAGUCUGAUAACUCAGUGAGGCUGAAAAUCGCAUCUCUUCUGGGUUUGCUGUCCAAAACAAACGGCUUCAGCCCUGACUGCGUCGUAGACGACGUCAUUAAUACGCUUGGAAAUGAGAAAUCCCAUCAGGUUCUGGCUCAGCUGCUGGACUCCCUGCUGGCGAUCGGAGGCCAGCUGCCAGAGAGUCUGGCUGUCAGGCGGCGGCUCGUCCAGGUGGCCUGCAAGCUUCUCUCCGAUACGAACUUCGGGGUGAGGAACAAAUGUCUGCAGCUGCUGGGGUUCCUGGGGACCGUGGAAACGCCUCUGACCAAAGACGGCGAGGGACCGAGCUCAUCGCUAGGAGGAGUCCGGGACGUCCAGAGUAUCAUCAGUACCUACUUCUCAGACCAGGACCCCAGAGUGCGCACUGCAGCGCUCAAAGCCAUGCUGCAGCUUCAUGAGAGAGGAAUGAAGAUUCAUCAGAUCAUUUAUGAACAGGCCUGCAGGUUGCUGUCUGACGACUAUGAACAGGUCCGCUCUGCCGCUGUUCAGAUGGUCUGGGUGCUCAGCCAGCUCUACUCAGAAAGCAUUGUGCCCAUCCCAUCGUCCAAUGAGGAGAUCCGGCUGGUUGACGAUGCAUUUGGGAAGAUCAGUCACAUGGUGAGCGACGGUUCCUGGAUGGUUCGGGUGCAGGCAGCUAAAACCCUGGGCUCCAUGCUGCAGGUCAGCCAUCACUUUCUGGAGCAAACUCUGGAUAAGAAGCUCAUGUCGGAUCUCAGAAGGAAGCGCACGGCUCACGAACGAGCCAAAGAGCUCUUCGCAUCCGGAGAGUUCUCCUCUGGCAGGAAGUGGGCCGAUGAUGCCCCCAAAGAGAAACUGGACACCAACACCGUCAACCUCAUCGCCUCGGGGGCCUGCGGUGCUUUCGUCCACGGCCUCGAGGACGAGAUGUUUGAGGUUCGAAUCGCUGCAGUGGAGGCUCUCUGCCAGCUCGCCCGCUCGUCUCCCAGCUUUGCCGAAAAGUGCCUCGAUUUCCUCGUCGACAUGUUUAAUGAUGAGAUCGAGGAAGUCAGGCUGCAGUCCAUCCACGUGCUGAGAGAAAUCUCGACCCACAUAACGCUCAGGGAGGACCAGCUGGACACCGUGCUGGCCGUCCUGGAGGACUCGUCUCGGGACAUCAGGGAAGCUCUCCAUGAGCUGCUCUGUUACACCAACGUCUCCACCAAGGAGUGCAUCCAGCUGGCGCUGUUGGAGCUGCUGAAGAACCUCAACAAAUAUCCCACCGACCGAAACUCCGUCUGGAAAUGUUUGAAGUUUCUUGGAUCUCGCCACCCAACACUGGUGUUGCCGCUGGUUCCUGAGCUGCUCAGCACUCACCCGUACUUCGACACACCGGAGCCUGACAUGGACGACCCAGCCUACAUCGCGGUUCUGGUUUUGGUGUUCAACGCCGCCAAGUCGUGUCCCACCAUGCCGGCGCUGUUCUCCGACCACACCUUCAGGCACUACGCCUACCUGAGGGACAGCCUGUCGCACCUCGUUCCCCCACUCAGGUUGCCCAGCAGGAAGCAGGUUUACAGUCUAGACUCCGUGGACUCAGGAUGCGGUUCUGGUUCGGUGGAGUCGGCCAAACUCUUCCUCCAGCAGAGUCUCAACAGGGUCAGCACCAUCCAGAACUUGGAAACACCUGGAGCGCAGGACCUGUUGAACUUCACCAUACGAGAUCUGCAGCGGCUGGGUGAGCUGCAGACUGAGCUUGCUGGAGCUGCUGAUUUCUGUGCUACAUACCUGCGCUGUCAGCUGCUGCUCAUGAAGGCCCUGCAGGAGAAGCUGUGGAACAUGGCCGUCCCUCUCUGCCUGAAACAAAACGUCACUGCUACAGCUGCAGCUCAGCAGAUUUUAGAGGAAACCUACAAGCUGGAGUUUCUGUACAGCAGUUUGGAAAGCAGGGAGGUGGCGACCAUACACCAUGUUCGCCUUCAGGCCAAAGCCUUGCAGCUGGUCCUGACGGCCCGAACCAGACCAGGGUUGGAUCUUCUCAUCAGCAGCUGUGAGAAGUUCCUGCAGGAGAUCGAGUCUUUUCAGAGGAUGUUCCUGACAGAGCUACCCCACCUCCAGGACAGCUUUGUGGACAAACUUUUGGAGAUCAUGCCGCGGCUCUUGUCUUGUAAACCUGUGGAGCUGGUGAAGAUUCUCCAGACGACACUGAGACAGAGCGGCCUGCUGCAGCUCAGGCUACCUGAACAGAUCCAUCGCGCCACAGCCACCAUCAUCGAGCCAACAGGCGAGUCAGAUAACCCGCUGAGGUUCACGUCCGGCCUGGUGGUGGCGCUGGACAUCGACGCCACGCUGGAGCACGUCCAGGAUCCCCAGGAUAAGGUCAAAGUUCAGGUCCUGUAUCCAGACGGCCAAAGUCAUGUGAUCCAUCCCAAACCGGCAGACUUCAGAAAGCCGGGACCGACCAGACACCGGCUCAUCACCCAGGUUUACCUCUCUCACACCGCCUGGACGGAGCCUUCACAAGUCGAGGUGCGCCUCCUGCUGGCCUACAGCUCCUCUUCAUCCUCUCCGUCUUCAUCCAACAAGUCUGGAUGGAGCGACAGCAUCGACGGCCUCCCACCAGCAGAGGCCGCCGUCGAAGGAACGAUCCCGUUCAGCAAGCCUGUCAAAGUCUACAUCAUGCCCAAACCUGCACGAAGAUAACCGGACCCCGAAUCUACGAGACACUGCUUCAGAUCUGACUGGAUUUUUAAAGCGCAGAUGGAAAUAUUUUUAUUUGGAUGGAAUUUUGUUUUUCACUCCACAAACGUUUGGAAAGCAUAUUGAUUUUAUUGGUUUUCAUGUAAUCAAACAGGCAGAAAUACACUUUCAUAUCAGCGUUUCACAGCAUUUCACUGAUUUAAUAGAACACAUAAGCACCAUUUCGAAUGUUUUAGACACUGUUGGUGCUGCAGGCUGUUAGAAAUACAUUUCUAUAAAAGUU